UGAAGAUAUAAUAAUACUAAAUUAUUUCUACUUCAUUUUUAUCAACUUGUUGGGCAAUAGUAACUUGACACUAUUACAUAUGCAACUAGUAUUGGCUGGCUGCCGUCCAAGGCUAAACGGGAAGCGUAAUUUGCCUCCGUCAACAAAGUCAAGGUCCGACUACAGCUCGGCAUCGCCUGACGAUUGAGAGGGAAAGAUGUCUCUGAAUAAGAAAUAUGCCAAUCUCCCUGACUUAGAUCUCGCGCCUGAUGUUUACGAAACACCAGACCUGACCGAUGGAGCAUCAACAGUCCCAACUACAACGAUCCGCACAAACUCUGACUCCGACUCCGAAUCUAACCCAGACAUCGACCGCAAUGGACUAAACACAGACGAAGCACGAUUACAUUUUUUGCGCGCCAGCGGUGUCAAUGCACGCGAUGUUGAUUUCUCUGACACAAUUUCCACAAAAAGAAAAGCAUACAAGAAUCGCACUUCGCGACGACGCCGACGACAACACGAGGACGGUACCGAGGACUUUGGCGACUCUGGAGAUAGCGAUGAAGAAGAAUCAUUCGAACGAAAGCUGGCGCGACUGCGAAGAGAAACUGAGGAGUUGAAAGCUGAGAUAGAGGAGAAGAAGCAGGAAGGGCGAGAGAUAGAAAAUAACAACAAUACAGAUAUCGAGGAUAGCAAUGAUGGAAUACUGGAACUGAGCAAGGCUUUGGACACCAUUCAUUUCGCAUCGGCACGAAACAGCACACAUUCUCCAGACGCUGCCCUCUUGCAUAAAUUGGACAUGGCGACAGCAGUAGAAAAGAAAGCCAGCACGAAAAGCAAGGACAACAACGAAUCGGCAGCCAAGCUCAGCGCUGGCCCCCCUCCAGCAACUCCUUCGGGACUUCUUGCACAUGCAGCUUCUUUCGAUUCCCGACUUGCACUCCUUGAAAGCGCACUGGGUGUCUCUUCUGGGUCAAACCCUUUUAUUGCGGAAAACAACGCUGAACCGUCGCUCCACCCAAUUCUACCUGCUCUCGACCAUCUCACCUCACAGCUGACUGUCUUGACAAGUACCCUCGGUGGACCGACUCCCACGUCUGCUGUGAGUACAAGCGGAUCAACAACGACAACGACGAUCGCAUCUACAAACUCUCAAUUGGAAGCCCUAUCGACACGUAUCAAAAAGUUGACUGCUGACGCCGAUAGCCUCGCGAAUGCUCGUCGGCGUGCAAGCGAAGCGGCAGCUAAAUCAGCCGCCAGUGCUGAUAGAAUUCAAGCUAGCCCAGCAGAUAAUUUCGCGUCUGGCUCGUCAAAUGGCACAGAAGUCAACGCCGAGACAACAACGCAGCGUGACGAACAGGCCGCUAAAAUCCAGGCUCUCUACGCUACUCUGCCCACUAUUCAAUCUCUACAUCCUGUCUUACCUAGCGUUCUCGAGCGUCUCCGGUCACUCCGAGCAAUCCAUGCUGGCGCAGCACAAGCAAGUGAAACUCUCGAUGCACUGGAGAAAGACCAAGCAGAGAUGAGCAAGGAAAUCGAGCAAUGGCGUGAAGGGUUACUGGUUGUUGAGGAGAAGGUCAAAGAAAGCGAGGGGGCGAUGAAGAAGAAUAUUGAUGUCGUUGGGCCAUGGGUGAAGGGUUUGGAGGCAAGAAUCGCUAAAUUCGAGACGGAUUAGUGAAAGGAUGAAAAGAACCGUUACGUGAAUUGCUUCGGCGUGUGGAUUGAACGGCGGGCUGUACAUGUUGAUACCCAUGAACUAAUUUUCUGCACAAAUUGGACUUUCUCAACUUGAUAUGAGUAGAAAAUAAUCUA